CAAGAACAAUAAAAAUUAACUUCACCGGAGAACACAACACAACACACAAAAAAACACAGAAGAAUGGUCUCAUUCCGAUUCCCACUCUCCUUCUCCAACCCUGCCACAACCACCACUCCACACUUCCCUUCCAACCCUUUCUCAACAAUCGCCGUCUCCGUCGCUGUCUCCGCCGCAGUCGGCGCCGGCAUUUCCGCCGCCAUUUCCACCUCUCAAAACCCAAUCAACUCCUUCCUUUCCAAUUUCCAACCAUCUUCUCAUCUUUUCGGCUCGCUGUCACUCUCCGACGCCCCCAUCGUUACGGAAUCGAAAACCGGGGUUUUGUUUCCAGCAGCCCUGAAGGAUUCUCAGAGCCUUUUGGGAAUUGGGUUGAGAAAAAAAGCUGUGUUUGGUAUUAAAAACAUCGAUGUUUACGCCUUCGGUGUAUAUGCGGAUGAUAACGAUCUCAAGAACUUUUUAAGUGAGAAAUACGAUACGCUCUCAGCUACUGAACUGAAGCAAAAGGAUGUCACUCAAGAUUUGAUGGAUAGUGAUGUAAGUGUUACUGUUAGGCUGCAGAUAGUGUACGGAAAACUUAGCAUUCGUUCUGUUCGUAAUGCAUUUGAAGAUUCUGUGGGAAGUAGGUUAAAGAAGUUUGGAGGAUCUGAAAACAAAGAGUUACUUCAAAAGUUCACUUCUCAGUUUAGUGAUGAAUACAAGAUUCCUCGUGGAUCUAUAAUAGACCUCUCCAAGGAAAAGGGAUACGUGCUUCGGACAACUAUUGAUGGCAAGGAGGUUGGAAGUGUCCAAAGUCCACUCUUAUGUCGCUCCAUUUUGGAUUUAUAUAUUGGUGACGAACCUUUUGACUCGAAAGCAAAAGAAGAUAUUGACCUUAAGUUGGUUUCCUCCAUUACAAAGUAAAAUUUUCUAUCGGAUGAUAUCGGCAAGUACCUAAAUCGUGACGCGAGUGAGUGGAUAUUGUGUAUGCGAAUAUGUAUAAUAAAUUAACUAAUAAUGAAAGUUUGUACAAGAUACAUUGGUGGUGGUUUAUCUUUCACGAAUGUGAAUGACCAAACUACUUAUCGACGCAUGUUGUUUGUUA